AUGAGCAGCCUUGUGGAGCGGCUGCGCGUGCGGUCGGAGAGGCGGCCGCGGUACGCGCUCGACGAGUCCGACGACGACCUCCCGCUGCGCGCUGUGGCCGGAAAGGGGAAGGAUCGACAGAACGACGCGCCUGCCGAGCGGAUCGAGCGCGAGGACGCGAAAGAAGAAGCUUGCCAACGAUGUGGAAAAAGUGAUAAUCUAGUCUCUUGUUCAACAUGUACAUAUGCAUUUCACAGAAAAUGCUUGGUUCCUUGCUUAAACAUCACAUCUGAUAAAUGGAGCUGCCCGGAAUGUGUAAGUCCAUUAACAGAGAUGGAGAGGAUUCUAGAUAUUGAAGUACUGGAAGCCCCUCGUGAAGAUUCUAGUUCCACAGAGCCUCGAUCAAAGAAGAUGGAGCGAUAUCUUAUCAAGUGGAAAGGAUUAUCAUACAUUCACUGCUCUUGGGUUUCAGAAAAAGAAUAUUCAGAAGCUGCGAAUAUCCACCCUCGUUUGAGGACUAGGUUGAAUAACUUCAGAAGGCAAAAGGAAGCCAUGAAAAAAAAGAAGCAGAAAGAUCUGCGGGAGUACUAUGUUAAAUGGAAUGAACUUACAUAUGAGGAAUGUACAUGGGAAAAUGAGUCUGAUAUUUCGGCGUUCCAACCUGAGAUUGAACGCUUCAAUGAGAUCCAGUCCAGGCGUAAGAAAUCUGGUGAUAAGGGCAAGGCCACUCGGGAGCCACGGCAAUUCAAGGAGCAGAGCCCUCCGUUUCUUUCUGGUGGCACACUACAUCCCUAUCAGCUUGAAGGGUUAAACUUCUUGCGCUAUUCGUGGUUUCAUAACAAACGCGUAAUCCUUGGUGAUGAGAUGGGUCUUGGGAAGACAAUACAGAGUAUUGCUUUUCUGGCUUCACUGUUUGAAGACAAGUUUGGUCCACAUCUGGUUGUUGCCCCCCUCUCAACCCUGCGGAAUUGGGAGCGUGAAUUUGCAACUUGGGCACCUCAAAUGAAUGUUAAUAACCUUGAUGAGCUUUUCAUGCUUAUGCACUUCCUUGAGGGUGAAAGUUUUGGGAGUAUAACUGAUCUCCAAGAAGAGUUCAAGGAUAUAAACCAAGACAAGCAAAUUGAGAAGCUUCACGGAAUGCUGAAGCCACAUCUUCUUCGAAGAUUCAAGAAGGAUGUUAUGAAAGAACUUCCUCCAAAAAAGGAAUUGAUUUUACGAGUUGAAUUGACAAGCAAACAGAAGGAGUACUAUAAGGCAAUUCUCACCAAGAAUUAUGAAGUGUUAGCUCGUCGUAAUGGUGGACAUACUUCUCUAAUAAACGUUGUAAUGGAGUUGCGCAAACUCUGUUGCCAUGGAUUCAUGAUUGAUGAACCUGAUUUUGAACCUGCCGAUCCAGAAGAAGGUUUAAGGAGGCUUCUAGAUUCAUCAGGUAAGAUGCAGCUGCUGGACAAGAUGAUGGUGAAACUGAAAGAGCAGGGUCAUAGAGUUCUAAUUUAUUCACAGUUCCAGCACAUGUUGGACUUGCUGGAGGACUAUUUAAGUUACAGGAAAUGGAACUAUGAACGCAUUGAUGGCAAGAUAAGUGGUGCUGAAAGGCAGAUACGGAUAGAUCGCUUCAAUGCUAAGAAUUCGACUAGGUUUUGCUUUCUUCUUUCUACCAGAGCUGGUGGUCUGGGAAUAAAUUUGGCAACUGCAGAUACUGUAAUCAUCUAUGACAGUGAUGAUAUACCGCUUGUUAGCCGAGGUACAAUUGAGGAGCGAAUGAUGCAGCUUACAAAGAAAAAGAUUUUAUUGGAGCACUUAGUUCUUGGUCGACUCACAAAAGCUAAUAAUGUCAAUCAGGAGGAGCUGGAUGAUAUUAUACGCUAUGGAUCAAAGGAGCUUUUUGAUGACGAGAAUGACGAAUCUCGCCAAAUUCAUUACGAUGAAGCUGCAAUUGAGAGGUUGUUAGACCGUGAUCAAGUUGAUGGUGAUGAAUCUGUGGAAGAUGAAGAAGAAGAUGAAUUCUUAAAAGGAUUCAAGGUUGCAAACUUUGAAUACAUCGACGAGAAAAAGGCUCAGGCAGAAAGAGAGGAGGAGGCACGCAGAAAGGCUGCAGCUGAGGCUGAAAACUCUGCAAGAUUAAACUAUUGGGAUGAACUAUUGAAGGAUAGAUACGAUGUACAGAAAGUUGAAGAACAUACUGCUAUGGGAAAAGGGAAAAGAAGCCGCAAACAGAUGGCUGCAGCUGAUGAAGAUGACAUUGACUUAAGCUCCGAAGACGAGGAUUACUCAUUUGAGGAUGACGUGUCAGAUAACGACACAACUUUGCAAGGAAAUGUUUCUGGGAAGAGGGGCCAAUAUUCUAAGAGAAAAUCACGUAAUGUUGAUUCUAUUCCAUUGAUGGAGGGCGAAGGACGGACCUUGAGAGUUCUUGGAUUCAACCAUGCUCAGCGAGCAAUGUUCCUACAGACACUCAAUAGAUUCGGUUUUCAGAAUUAUGACUGGAAAGAGUAUCUGCCCCGUCUUAAAGGAAAAAGUGUCGAGGAAAUUCAGAGAUAUGCUGAACUUGUUAUGGCACAUCUUGUUGAAGAAAUUAACGAUUCUGAAUGUUUCUCAGAUGGCGUUCCAAAGGAAAUGAUGCGUGUUGAUGAUGUGCUAGUCAGGAUAGCAAACAUAUCCCUUAUCGAGGAGAAGGUGUCUGCCACAGGACCAGGAAAAAUUACAAACAUCUUUCCUAAUUAUUUGCUCUAUGAGUUCCAAGGCUUAUCUGGUGGAAGAAUAUGGAAAGCGGAGCAUGAUCUACUGUUAUUGAGAGGCAUACUGAAGCAUGGGUAUGCAAGGUGGCAGUAUAUAUCAGAUGACAGAGAGAAUGGGCUUUUUGAGGCUGCACGACGAGAGCUGAAUCUCCCUUCGGCUAAUGAAAUAAUUGGUGCUCAGUCGAACAACGAGGCAAAUGGGAAUUUGGAAGGUGCACAGGAAGGCCAGGUGAACUCAACAAGCAUGUCCCAUUACAAGGAGAUCCAGAGAAAGAUAGUUGAGUUCUUGAGAAAGAGAUACCACCUUCUGGAGAGAGCCUUGAAUUUGGAAUAUGCUGUGAUAACGAAAAAAUUCCUGUUCCUGAUGAUAUUACUGAACAAGGUGUUCCAGCAGGACAUGUUCCACUUCUUCCAGAUAUCAGUGAACUGUUGCGGGAAUUGCCCAAUCUUGAGCCAAUUUGAAGAGUCACAUAGUGGCAUAGAACAUGCUCGGGCAGAUGCUCACGAUUUUAAUCAUGUGGCAUGCAUGACUCCUACCAAUGAAGUGGCUCCCGAGGGCACAGCUGGUCAGUCACAAGUUCCCCAUCUUUACAAUAAGAUGUGUGGAGUGCUUGAAGAGAGUGGUGGUUCUGCGAUAAGUUCGUUCUUUGGAGACAAGUCUGCAUCUUCUAGUUUGGCCAAUAGCCUUCGUCAGUUUGAAACUGUGUGUGAGAAUGUUAUUGAGGCCCUGCGACCCCAACAAAAUGGUACUGCCAGUGCCAUCAAAGAGGAAGUGGUAGAUGCAGCCACCAAAGCAGCUGCCGUGCCUGCGCAAGAUUCAAGCCAUGAGGCAGCGAAUGGGCAGUCUUCGACAGCCAAGGCGGACAUGGAAAUCGAUGGUUGA